CAUGCAACCUUUUUUCUAAGGUUGGGAGUUUAGUUUUACUUACAUAAACAUGGCCGUGCAUAGACUAAAUAUUGCCACGAUUAUUGAUAUCCAAUACUACUUCCUGUGUUUCCUCCUUUAUUUCCUCUCAGCCCUCUUACUCAAGUCCUUCUUCAAGACAAAGACCCCUCUAAACCUCCCUCCAAGCCCACCAGCCCUCCCAAUCAUUGGUCAUCUCCACCUUCUUGAUCCAUCCUUAUUCCAAUCCUUCCACAACCUCUCCAACAAAUAUGGCCCUCUCCUCUAUCUCCGGCUUGGCGCUUCCAGGUGCCUUUCAAUUUCAACAGCCUCCAUGGCCACCGAAAUAUUUAAAACCAAUGACCUUGUAUUUGCAAACCGGCCAAGUUUCGCUUUUGUUGAUAAAUUACCAUAUAAAAACUAUGGACUUUUCGUAGCUCCAUAUGGUGAUUGCUGGAGGUUCUUCAAAAAGCUUUGCAAGAAUGAAUUACUCUCUGCCCAUCAGGUUGAAAAAUCACGUGAUAUCCGACGUGAAGAAAUGAUUCGGUUUUUGCAUAAAGUGUUAGAGAGUGGUAAGAAAAAACAGGUCCUUGACAUGAGUUCUGAGUUGAUGAAGUUAACAAACAACUCUACUUGUAGGGUGGUCAUGAGCAUAAGGUGUUCAGAUGACAAUGAUGAAGCUGAGAAGAUCAGGCAGUUGGUGAAGGAGACCACAGAGGUUAGUGCAAAGGUAUCUUUUGGGGAUGUGUUGGGGCCACUGAGAUUUUUGGCUUUUUGGUUUUAUGGAAAGCAGGCUGUAGAUGUGAUUUUAACGUUCGAUGAGAUUUUAGAAAGGGUGUUGAAGCAGCAUGAAGAGAACCCUAAUGUUGAGAAUGAAGAUUUCGUGGAUAUACUAUUGAAAGUGUAUCGAGAUGACAAAGCUGAGUUUAAGAUUAACAGAACACAUCUCAAGGCUUUCUUGCUCGUACUCUUCUUAGGAGGCACCAGUUCAUCAGCAGAGGCAAUGCAAUGGACAAUAGCUGAACUAAUCAACCAUCCAGAUGUAUUCAAUAAGGUUAGGGAAGAGAUAAAAGUUGUGGUUGGUAGUAGUAGACUAGUGGAGGAUUCAGAUAUCCCAAGUCUCCCUUACUUGCAAGCAGUUGUGAAGGAAGUAUUAAGGCUACACCCACCAUGGCCUAUUAUUAUAAGAGAAUGUCGCCAAGACUGUAAAAUCAAAGACUUUGAUAUACUUGAGAAAACUAUGGUGGCAAUCAAUGUGUAUACGAUAAUGAGAGACGCAAACGUAUGGAAUUGUCCAAAUGACUUUUGUCCAGAGAGGUUCUUAGUUUCCUUUGAAAAAGAAGAUGUUAUGAAAUAUAUUCCUUUUGGGGCAGGAAGGCGAGUAUGCCCAGGCUCAAAGUUAGCACUUAGUUUGGUACACACUACAAUUGCAGCCAUGGUUCAAUGUUUUGAUUGGAAAGUUGGUGGAGAGGAAGACCAUGCUAAGGUUAAUAUGCAAGUUGGACCAGGCAUUACCAAGCCCAUGGCUCAACUACUUAUCUGCCUUCCCGUUGUUCACUUCAAUCCAUUUACGUCUUCAUUUUAAUUUCUUACACGUGGGCUACUUAAAUUGUGCAAAUCCUUUACGUCAUGUCCUUUGGUGCUUGAAAAUUAUUGUAUAAUAACACAUAAUUACAGAUGUAUUUUCAAUAUCUGCAGAUUACAAUCUGUAUGUUGUGUAAACUGUAAAGUAUUUCCAAUGCAUGUCAUGUUUAAUAAAUGUUGUUCUAAAAUA